AUGAGCUGCGGCGGCUUCACAGUUCCAAAGGGAUACCGAUUUCAUCCCUCCGACGAGGAGCUGCUUAGUGACUUGGAGCAGAAGAAUCACUGCAAGGACUCCCAGAUCACGACCAUCAUCCCUGAAAUCGAUGUGUGCAAGUACGAGCCUCGCCAGCUACCAGAACUGGCCUUCAGAGGGGCAGAAAAUCUAGUGGGGAAGUUUUUCUCUUUCUUCUUCUUCUUUUGGAUUAUAAAGGAAGAGUCUUGGCACAGUCAGAGAAAGUGGUACUUCUUCACUCUGCGUGAUUACAAGUACACCAACAGCAGUCGCGCCAACAGGACUACAGGGGAAGGGUUCUGGAAGAUCACAGGCAAGGACCGCGCAAUCAAGGCCCCGGACUCCAAAGCUGUGAUUGGGAGAAAGAGGACUUUGACAUUCUACAAACGUGGAGUGUCGAAAGCCCAGAAGACCAGCUGGGUUAUGCAUGAGUAUUUUCUCAUUCAGGAAAGUUGUGAUCCUCCUAAGCAGAUUGGAAAAUAUGUUGUCUGCUGCUUGAAGUACAAGUCCGACAACUCUGAUCAUGAUAAGGAUGCCCCAUUCUGCAAUCGAGGAAGCAGUAGCUGCAGUAUGUCCUUCAAUGUUGAAAAUCAAGCUGAAGAAAAUUGGGUAUCCGAAGAGCUGGUUAAUGUUCCAAUUCCUAAUGGAAAUGAAAGCGAGACUGUUGGUGGCAUGAUUACAGAAGAAGAAGAAUGCCUGGCAUUUAAGGAGCUGGAAGAUGCUCUUCAGGUUCCCAUAGGCGAUCCGCAUGAAUUCGAAGGCAUGCAAACUGAUCCUCGUCGUAUACAACAGAAUGAUCACUCAACCUCUGUUGAAAGCCGACCUGAUAGAAGCGAUUCAUCUGAUACCAGUGAUAUGAUUGAUGAGCUACUAGAUGACCCGGAAAAUCUGGAUUCACUCUUUGAUCCACCUUCUCCACCUCAACUGGAUCAGCUACACCAGUCACCAAUGUAUACCACCGAUGUUCAUAAAAAUGAGUGCCGUAAGAGGCCAUAUCCCUUUGAGCAUGAUGACCCUUCUCUUCCGAAAAAGAAUAACAUUUCAACCGAUGAUGGUAACAAAUUAGUUAGCAACAGCGCAUCUAAUUCUGAAAGUCAAGCUGCAAAUGUGAUUCCAGAGGGGUAUUCUCAACCGGGAGCAAAUCUGGGAUCAGACUUUGAUUUGUUUCUUCCAACGGAUUAUGUCUGUACACAACCAUCAAUAAAUGGAGGACCGAGAGACUUUUCCAAUGACAAUAGUUUUAUUGAGUUGGAUGAUUUGCCAUCUUUUUACGAAGGUAUUGACUUUUCUCAGUUCUCAGAUAGAGUUAUUGAUGGAGGUAGAGGAGUAACCAGUGACAGAAACACUUCAGUAGUAUAUGGAUCUGAAAAUGAUUAUUCUGCAUUAGCCUCUGGAGCAUCGCUCCACCAUAGCUAAUCAACCAUUAUUUAUAGGAGAAUAUCAGAGGCCUCAGUAGGUGAUAUUCUCCUACAAAUGGUUCAAAGAUCUCCAAGUUAUAUGAAAUGUAGCUGUGUUGAUUGACAUACAAUCGCAGCUUCUCUGCAUUUCUUGAACUGGAGGCUUUGGAAUCUACUUAAUCGUUUCGGCAUUCAGAUUACAACUCAGGACGGCUGCAACUAGUCUAUAGCCCGUUUUUCUUUUCUUUUUCUUUUGGGAGUGGAAAGGCAUCUCUGUGUCACAGCAUCCCCCCUGACCUUUUGGUUGAAGAUCCACUGGUGAAUGCAUAUGGUCUAAAUGCCAUCCGGAGGUCUACCCUUCUCUGAAUGUGAUGAGUCCAGGCAUAUAAAGUCUUUUCUCAUAAGCAGUUCCUUGGAGGUGGAGCUUCCUCUGUCAACGCUACUACCUAUAUAUAUUCAUUCCUCAGCUUGUCUUGUCAAUAGAAGCACCAAAACACAAAUAUUACUUUCCUCUGAUCAAACAUCGUGUCAACCGAAGUACCAAUACUUGUUCCUCGUAUUCACAGUUUCUAAAAUGUCCUAAAAUCAAAUCCAUUUCUUUAUCCCCACUUGCAAAUUCCCAGAAACCAAUAUUCAAUCCUCAAACAGAUAGUCUGCAAUUAGCAUGUCCAUAAGAUCAAAGGACAUACACAAAACAUCAGUAUCAUCCAAUAUCCAAUAUGGAGUUAAACAUGGAAGGUGCUCCUAGA